AUGGCAACGACUACUCCUAAAGACUUCACGCACCUUUCCGCUGCAUCGAUCCAAACGAUCGCGGAGGCGUUCGGGUUCGUUAUUUCCGACGACGUCGCCAAAGCGUUCGCGCCAGACGUCGAGUAUCGCUUGAGAGAUAUCAUUCAAGAGGCGUUGAAAUGUACGAAACGAUCGAGACGAAAUGUGUUAACGACAGAGGACAUAAACGCAGCGUUACGCAUACGAAUGUGCGAACCAUUAUACGGCUUCCCAUCGAACAUGCCAUCGCAAGAGUUCGUCAAAGUGAAAGGCACGAACGAUGUUUUUUACACCUACGACGAAGAGUUGGACGUGAAUAAACUCUUGUCGGAACCGUUACCACCGCCUUCGAUCGCCAUCAACGUCGUUCCGCACUGGUUAGCCAUCGACGGGGUGCAACCGUUGAUUCCGGAAAAUCCGAGCUUGGAUUCGCAAAUAUAUUAUCAAGAGCGAGCGAAAGAAAGAGAGGAGACGUUGGCAAAAGCGAAAGCGAAGAAACCGACGGUAACUGGACCACCGCCGCUGCCGAGUGCCACGGAAGGAGGAGAGAAAGGAGGCGAUGAAGCAGGAGAGAAGAAGGAGGGCGACGCGCAGCAACAUUUGCAACAGCAACAACAAAAAGAGCAAGGGAAAUUCGCGCCGGUCGUGCAACACGUCUUAUCGAGAGAAUUGCAAGUGUACUUCGAUAGAAUUACGGCUUUGUUGAGAGGCGGUGGAGGGGCGAACGACGAAGAGCGAGGCUUGUUGAACGCGGCGAUUGGAACUUUACAAACCGACGCCGGGUUGGCGAAUUUGAUUCCGUACUUUGCCAAGUUUAUAAGCACGGAAGUUCAAACGAAUUUAAGAAACUUGCGCAAACUUCUGGCGAUGAUGCGCGCGAUCGAGGCGUUGGUGCAAAACCCAACCGCGAAUUUAGAGUUGUACUUACACCAACUGAUGCCUUCCGUGCUGACGUGCAUCGUAGCGAAGCGAUUAUCAGAAAAUCCGGAGAAGGAUAAUCACUGGCAGUUGCGAGUGUUGGCGUCGAAAACGGUCGCGGAAAUUUGCGAGUGUUACGGUGAGGAGUACGCGACGUUACAACCUCGAGUGACGGCAACUUUACAGAAGGGUUUGAAGGCGACGCAAUCGCCGUUACCGACUAUUUUCGGCGCUUUAGUCGGUUUGAGUUCGUUAGGCCCGCGAGUGAUUGAAACGGUCGUUUGCCCUGAACUCGAUCGCAUCGUCCAACGCGCGGAGGAUAUCCUUAGCAAUACGGAAAAAAGUAUCUUAGCCCUAGGAAAUAAAAACGAGCAAAACUUAACCGAGGAGGAGAGAACGAGUCGAGAAGAGAAGAUGUACGAACGCUUGUGCGCGGAGAAAGUAUUGGAAGCCGUGGAGUUAGCGACGGACGUGUUGCACGAGAGAGAAUUGGCCGACCAAAGAGAAGAGGCGAAACGAAGCGCGUUGCAGAACAGAGUCGAGAGAAUGUUGGCACGAGUGCGAGAGACGAAACGUGCCGAGGCGGAACAGGCGACGCGGAGACCAUCUGCGGGUGCGUUGCCGCCGAUCAUCAAAGAGGCGUUGAAAGACGAGGCGAAAGAGACGACGAAAAGAAUGUUGGAGGCUGCGGUGAAAAAGGAAGAAGAAGAAGAAAAAGAAGAAGACAUACAAGAAGGAGAACCAGUGUUAGAGAAGGCGACGAAAGCGCGCGGUGCGAAAUCUUCAACCGCGGCGGAGAAAAAGAAAAAAGAAGCGGAAGAAGAUAAAAAGAAAGCCGAAGCCGAAGCCGCGACGGCGGCUUCGAAGAAACGUAAAGCAAAGUCGAAAUCGCCGACGCCGCCGCCGCCUAAAGCGGGUGGUCGAUCGUCCAGAAGAGCCGUCUCGAAACCUCCGGAAGAGGAAGUGAAACCGCCGCCGGCGAAAAGAUCUCGCAGAGGAGGUCGAUGA